UUAAUAACAAACUUUAAAUUUGGUAACUUUUAGACGUUAACAAGCUGGAGGGAGUGGUGUAGACAGAGGAACAUCUGCAACUCCCAAAGCUCGUCUUCCGAAAAUCAGCGACCGAGCUUUGUCGAUAGGGUGAAGGCAGAUUUGGGCGAAUUGCGGUCCUUUACAAGCAUUGCUUUGGAUUCCGCAGAACUUAACGCCCAAAUCUGUAGAUCUAGGCAAUGUCGGGUUCUCUAGCCGGACUACAAGAUCAUCUCAAGCUUGCGAGGGACUACGCGCUCGAAGGCCUCUACGACACUUCUAUCAUCUUUUUUGAUGGCGUUAUUGCACAGAUCAACAAGCAUCUGAAUGCUCUUGAUGAUGCUGUUAUUCGCACAAAAUGGUUGAACUGCAAAAAGGCCAUUUCGGAGGAAAUAGAAAUAGUUAAGCAACUUGAUGCUGAAAUAAGGGCCUUCAAGGAAAUUCCAGGAUCGAGGAGGUCCUCAUCUCCACCACUUCCUACAAAAGCCUUUGUUUUCCAACCAUUGGAUGAAUAUCCAACAUCAAGCGCUUCCUUGGAUGAUCCUGAUGUGUGGAGACCACCUAGUCGAGAUAACCCACAAUAUGGAAGUAGAAGAUCAACUAGGAGCAGUCCAGCUAGUGCACGGAAGUCUUCAGAUGCAACAUGGGCACGCGGUUCAUCUAAGUCUGGAAUUGCUGGCCGCGGUGCCAAGUCUAAUGCAAAUAAAGGUAGCUCAGGUGUUAGAUCCUCAGCUUCCUCUGGGUUGACAGGGAAAAAAGGCAAAUCAACUAGCAAGUCAGACUCGCAGGGUGAUGCUGAAGAAGGAAAGAUAAAAAAGGGACAAUAUGAAGGGCCUGAUCCUGAUUUGGCUGCAAUGCUAGAGAGGGAUGUCUUGGAGACAAGCCCAGGUAUAAGAUGGGAUGAUGUUGCAGGACUAAGUGAAGCGAAAAGACUGCUAGAAGAAGCUGUUGUGCUCCCUCUAUGGAUGCCUGAAUAUUUUCAGUUGUUUGGUAGGAUGGCCAGUCUCCAUUGA